AUUUAAAGGUGCACAGUUCGAAAACACAUGCCGCUGCAUCUUGCCGAGUGGUGUGAUGGUCCCCUGCUUGUUCCUGCUGUAGCUGUGUAGAUAUUUCCAAAUGACGUUCUUCUGUCAUGGCGUGUUGUUGCGCCUGUCUUGUGGAAAGUGGAGAGUGCACAAGUGUGCUCGUAGCCUUUUCUGGAAGAAGCCAAACCAGCCUCAACGUUUCUGCUCCAGUUCUUCUCCUUUCACACCAGACUGCAUCAGCAGAAGCACAAAGCAUUCGUCUUUACAGGCUGACCAUAAACCACACACUCCAGUUCUGCUGAAAGAGGUCCUACAAUACAUGGACAUUAAACCAGGCCAGGUUGUCUUAGAUAUGACUUUUGGGGGUGGAGGUCACAGCAAGGCCAUCCUGAGAUCGGUGCCAGGUGUGACCUUGGUGGCUGUGGACCGCGAUCCUGUGGCAUUUGGCUUUGCGCAGCAACUAGCAGAGGAAUACCCGGGCCAGGUCAAGCCCAUUCUUGGGCGCUUUAGUGAAUUAAAGGACCUGCUCAUCGGGCUUGGUUUGGGAGACAGGAAUGUGGAUGCUGUUCUGUUGGAUGCUGGCUGCUCAUCGAUGCAGAUGGACAUGGCAGAGAGGGGCUUUUCUCUCAGCAAAGAUGGACCUCUGGACAUGAGAAUGGAUGGAGACAGGUACCCCGGCAUGCCCUGCGCGGCUGACGCCGUCAGCGCUUUAGAUCAGCGGGCGCUUGCGUGUGUGCUGGCUGCGUACGGGGAGGAGCAACACGCCAAGAAAAUCGCGGCAGCCAUCGUGCAGGCACGCAGCCUAUAUCCCAUCACCCGGACGCAGCAACUGGCCAGCAUUGUCGCAGGUGCAUUCCCGGCUUGUGCCCUUUACGCUCGCCGCGACCGCUUGCAGAGACCCUCGCAUGUGGCCACGAAAACCUUCCAGGCGAUUCGUAUUUUUGUGAACGACGAGCUGAACGAGCUCGUAUCAGGCCUCCAGACGGCUCAGGACCUCCUCCGGCCGAGCGGCCGCCUCUGUGUCUUAACUUUCCACUCGCUAGAGGACCGCAUUGCUAAACGCUUUCUCAGAGGAGAGGACCUCAGCGCCCCGCCACGCCGCAGCGUCCGGCAGAGAGCGCGUGGCCAUCUCCAGACGAAACUAGAGGACGAUGAAGAUGAUGAGGAAGAGGAAGGAGGCAGAGAGAGCGUCUAUUGGGUCAGACUGCAAAGGAAAGUUGUGCUUCCCAGUAAGGAGGAGGUCGAGGAGAAUCCGAGGGGAAGGUCGGCUAAGCUCCGAGCAGCCGUGAGGCGAUAGGUAGAGCUUCUGCUUCUAAACUUUGACAGAAGAAAGAGGCUUUCAGCGAGAUUAGUAUGAGUGAUUAUAGGCUACAUAUAGACACCAGUGUACACACUUGUGUGCUUUUGACUGCAUUCAAACUAACUCUUCAAAGUGAAAUCGAUUCUUUUGUGGAUCUGCUACAGAAAUGCAGCCAAUAAAGACUUAUCAUUUCUCGUGAA